GUGGUGGUGGGGGGGACGCUAUCCACCAAUGUUUUGGUUCCUGGUGGUGACGUAACACAUAAAAACAUGGUUCCCUUGUUUUGGACCUGUGAAGCGUGCUACGUGCUAUGCACUGAGAUGCUGUUUCAAGGCUGAAAGAGUGGAAAGAGACUCUCCUACAGCAGGCGAUGACUCAGGCCGAGGAAAGGUGUGCGGAGUCCGGCCGCCGGCUGCGUUCCAUUUGCCGGCAGCUGUACGAUGAGAACGAGGACUUGUCCGACGUGGAGGAGAUGGUCAACAUCCGAGGAUUCAGCGUGGAGGACAAGCUUGCCAGCGCUAACUACGCCGCAAACUUUGUGCAUUUUUUGGAAGCUAAAGACUUCACUUAUGAAUAUGUGCAAAGGGAGGCACUACAAGUUCCACUCAUUUUCAAAGAGAAAGAAGGACUUGGCAUCAUAAUGCCCGAUCCAGAAUUCACAGUGUCGGAAAUUAAAGGCUUAGUCGGCAGCCGUCGCUCAGUGGACGUGAUGGACGUGAGCACUCAGAAAGGCUCGGAAAUGAGCAUGGCUCAGUUUGUGCGCUACUACGAGACGCCGGAGGAAGAGCGUGACAAACUGUUCAAUGUCAUCAGCUUGGAAUUCAGCCACACCAAGCUGGAGAACCUUAUCAAGAGACCCACUGUGGUCGAUCAGGUGGACUGGGUGGACAACAUGUGGCCGUCUUAUUUGAAGCAGAGCCAAACGGAAGGCACCAACGUCAUCUCGGAGAUGAAAUAUCCUAAAGUGCAAAGGUAUUGUUUGAUGAGUGUGAAGGGCUGCUAUACAGACUUCCACAUUGAUUUUGGUGGGACAUCCGUGUGGUAUCAUGUCUUCAAAGGGCAAAAAGUGUUCUGGCUGGUGCCCCCGACACUUCACAACCUGGCCCUGUACGAGGAAUGGGUGCUGUCGGGUAAGCAGAGCGACAUUUUCCUGGGAGAUCGCGCCGACGGAUGCCAGAGAGUGGAGCUCAAGCAGGGAUACACCUUCUUCAUCCCCUCGGGCUGGAUUCAUGCGGUUUACACUCCCGAGGACACACUGGUCUUCGGCGGAAACAUCUUGCAUAGCUUUAACAUUCCCAUGCAACUCACCAUCCACGAGAUCGAGAACCGCACCAAGGUUAACUCCAAGUUCCGCUUCCCUUUCUACUAUGAGAUGUGUUGGUACGUCCUGGAGAGAUACAUGUACUGCCUGACCAAACGGUCCUACCUUUCUCAGGAGAUCCAGAAGGAGCCUUUACUUACGGGUCAGCACAAUCACGCUUAUUAUGAGACUAAAGUCCACAUGGGGAGCCCGUGCUCUGAUUCAAGAAGUCAGGACAUGAACGAGGACUGGUCCGAUUCACAGCUCAGGGAUGACCCGUGCGAAAAACCAGAAGUGGUUUCCAACCAGCAAUGCCCGAAAGCUAUGUUGUCCGCCUACUCGGAGGAAAGCUUUUAUCCCAUCUCCACUGCGGAUAUCCCAUCUGAAUCGCCGACCUUGGAAUCGCACAAUAAGUGGAUUCAUCUGACAGAAUUUGAAAUCAACGGGCUGAAGAGGCUGGUGGAAAAGCUGGAGUCGCUCCCCGAGCAUAAGAGAGAAGUUCCGGAGGGAUUGGAGAACCCGCUUGGCCUGCUGGAGGACAUGAAGGUUGUUUUAAAGGAACAUGCUGAUGAUGACCCAAAGUUAGCCAUCACUGGACUUCCGGUUGUUUUCUGGCCAAAGAAAACCAUGAAGGCUCGACCUCCCCACCGACCCAAGCCCAAGAUGGCGACGUCCCCGGCGUCAGCCCUCAAGGUUCCGGCUGGUCGCGGGGGCGGAGGGACGUCGAGCGCCAGGAGAAGGCGGACUCGUUGUCGCAAGUGCGAGGCCUGCUUGCGGACCGAGUGUGGCGAGUGCCACUUCUGCAAGGACAUGAAGAAGUUUGGCGGGCCGGGUCGCAUGAAGCAGUCGUGCAUCAUGAGGCAGUGCAUCGCGCCGGUGCUGCCGCACACGGCGGUGUGUGUGGUUUGCGGGGAAGCGGGCAAGGAGGACACCGUGGAAGAGGACGAGGAAAAGUUCCAGUUGAUGCUGAUGGAAUGUUCCAUCUGCAACGAAAUUGUCCAUCCUCACUGUUUAAAGGUGAAAGAUUCCAGCGGUGUCGUCAACGACGAGCUACCUAACUGUUGGGAGUGUCCCACAUGUAACCACGCUGGAAAAACAGGCAAAGCCUCAAAGCAAAAAAGAGGUCCCGGGUUCAAGUACGCAUCAAACCUCCCGGGCUCGUUGCUGAAAGAAGCCCGUCCUUUCCGGGAAGUCAAGGAGGAGCCCGACGCAGCCUCGCCUUCGCCGACGACCUUUGGCGCCAAGAGAAAAGCCGAACGAGAUGAAGAGCUUCCCAAGAAGCGACCCCCGCUGCUGUCACUGGAUGGCUCGCCUCGGCCGAGACUGGAGGAAAACCCUCUCAGGAAGAAGAGGAUGCUGUUUGACACGCAAGACGAACCUGUUGAUGUCAAAAGGAAGUUCUCAAAACUGGACCAACCGCUAGCUGCCAAACUCCUACGACACAUCAAGACAGAGAACGACCUCGGCGAGUACGAGGAUGACCUGGAAGACAGAUUCUCUUUGCAUAGAAUCCACUUCAAGGCCAAGAAGGAGUUGGACGGCCGAGAGGAAGACGACGGUAAGGAGGGAGAAAAAGACAAUUACAGCAAGAUGGAGGACAAAUCCAAAGUGCUCGUGAGUCCUCUGAGGAGAACUGGGGCAGGCGGGGAGAAUGAGCAGACGUCCAAAAAGGUCUCAGGAGCGGGACCCAGUGGCGAGGAGGCUGAGGAGAGGACCUCACCAACCAAUAAAUACAUCUUGAAAGGCUCGCAUCAACGCAGACGCCUGCUCAAGACCGAAGACGGCGCCAACCACCAGAACAGCUUGGCCAACCAGCUUCAAAGUCAGCCAAAGACAGAGGACGGCGCCGCCAAAAGGGAAGAGGCCACCAAUCAAAACAGAAAGACGGUCAGAUCGGCGGAGCUCCCAUCAAUUCAGAACCACAGGCCGCUCAAGGUGGAGCCUGAAAACGACGUGGCAGCGUCCGACCCAAGAUGGCCUCUGAACAACGGCAGCGGGGACCUCGGAGGCUGGAUGCGACACAGGCGGGAGGCCAACGGGACGGCGCGGCGCCUUUUUCCGCUCACCUGCAAUCGGAAUGCUCCGGUCGCACCGCUGGCACCACGACCGCUGCCCUGCCGCUCGCCGCCCAAAUGCGUCCAAAUGGAGCGGCAUGUCAUCAGACCGCCUCCCAUCAGCCCACCGCCCGACCGGCUUCCCCUGAACGACGGCCUGGAACACGCCAUGCAACGCGAGGCCUGGAUGUCCGUCUUCAGUCACUUGGCGCUCAAGGAUCUCUGCGUGUGUAUGCGCGUGUGCAGGACGUGGAACCGAUGGUGCUGUGACAAGAGGCUGUGGAAGCGCAUCAAUCUGAAUCGCUGCAAGUCCAUCACGCCUCUCAUGCUGAGCGGGAUUAUCCGGAGGCAGCCGGUUGCUCUGGACCUGAGCUGGACCAACAUCUCCAAGAAGCAACUCAGCUGGCUCAUCAACAGACUGCCAGGUUUGCGGGUGCUGUUGUUGUCAGGGUGUUCGUGGGUGGCCGUCUCGGCUCUCUGCACCUCCUGCUGUCCUCUCCUGCGAACGCUGGACGUUCAAUGGGUGGAGGGACUGAAAGACGCCCAGAUGAGGGAUCUGCUCUCCCCGACAACCGAUAAUAGGCCAGGUCAGCUUGACAACCGUAGCAAGCUGCGCAACGUGGAGGACCUCCGUUUGGCCGGCCUGGACGUCACCGACGCCACACUGCGCCUCAUUAUCCGCCACAUGGCUGCGUUGUCCAAGCUGGACCUCAGCUACUGCAACCACGUCACCGACCAGUCUGUCAACAUUCUGACCGCCGCCGGGACCACCACCCGGGAUUCCUUGACCGACGUUAACCUCUCAGUGUGCAACAGGGUGACCGACCAGUCGCUGACCUACUUCAAGCGCUGCGGCAGCAUCCGCCGCAUCGACCUGCGCUUCUGCAAGCAGGUGAGCAGGGAGGGCUGCCAGCGCUUCGUGGCCGAGAUGUCCGUCAGCGUUCAGUUCGAGCUGAUCGACGACAAACUGCUGCAGAGGAUCAAACCUGCUGCCGCUGCCUGCGAUUGAGGUGCUGCUCCACACGGGGGCGCCACACCACCACCAUAAGAGGAACAGGAAGAAGAGGGUUGCAGUACCGUGAGUUGUCUCCUCUUGCCAACUACUGAGCCAGAAUGUAAAAAAAAAAAAAAAAAAAUACAGUUCUUGUCAAAAGUGUAGACACGGCUUCCCAUUCGAUCGCACAAGGAAGCGUCUUUAAACUUUUGACCGGUAACUGUUUAACAGGAUUUUUUUUGUUAUUUAUUUCUUCCAUUGUUUUUUCCUGUUCGAGAGUGACUAUUUUUGUAGAAGAAAGCGUUUCCUACAUUCCUAUACAGUGUUAUACUACUGAUAUUGAUAAUCAAUACACAGUGUUUGUUUAUUUUUCAGUUUUAUAUUUAUUGAAGCACAUUUGUCUUAUCGUUGUGUGUUAAGCUUAAGUUUUUUGAACUUAUUUCAUAAAUGCUGACACUAUAGAGUGUAUAAAAGCGUAUAUACAGGUACAUGUCAAUAAAUUGGAAUAUGAGGGACAACUUUUUAUUAGCAUUAGUUCAAUUCAAAAUGUAACUUAACUCAUUUAUUAUAUUUAGGACAAUAGGCACAAAAAAGCAAAUUAAUUGGCCAAUUAAUCAGUUUCACUUUUUGAAUUGAACUACUACAAUAAAUGACCUCCUCUUCCUUAUCCUAAUUUAUUGUCAUGCACUUGUAUUCAUGCAGCUCUGGAAAACCUGUGAGACCACGCCGAGAUUAUAAAUAUACAAUAUAUUUAAAAAAGUCUACACACCCCUGUUCAAAUGCCAGGUUUUCGUGAUAUUUAAAAAAAAAAAAAAAAAAAGUUUUACUUGCAGAAAAUCCAAAAUUGUAGGAGAAAAAAAAUGAAAAAGGUCUCCACCCCCAGAGCUUUACAUAUAUUUUUUUCUUUGUUCCUAGCUAAAAGCUUCUUGUCAUCAUUCCUCGGUUCCGUGUGUUAUUUGUGAAGAAAUUGUACUACUCGCUCACCAUGCAUGCUCGCUGUUUCAACAAAAUUAAGCUGUCAUUUGUUCGAAGGCAGUCAAUUGAGUCCAGAAAGAAAACCAUUGCAUUUAUUUAAAAUGAGGGCUGGGGACAUUGGAUAUAGUUGAGCUUUUAGCUAACGCUUUGGUGGUUCGCAGGUUCCCCACUCCUAAUUUUCAAGAAUAUGCAUAAACAAACGUAGAAAGGCAAUUACUGUAUGUCAGGUUUUUUUUUUUUUUUUUGAUCUGAUGCAUUUGGAGAACCUGCAAAAAGUUGGUAAAAAAAAUUCUACCUUUUUCCAAACCCCCCCCAAAAAAUGAGAAUAUUCAGCCUUCGGAAUUUUGACGCUAUUGUAGAGUGGACCUCUGCUAUUCGCUAGGAUGGACCAAAAUACCGUAAAUAUCUGACAUGCCUUUAUUAUUGUUAAUUCAUAGAAUUAAUCAAAUCUGUGAUCAAGUCGUGGAAGCUACAAAUCUGUGAAUAAGCAAGGGACUGGCUAAAACUGAAUAAGUGGGGGAUUGUGAAGCAAAAUUUCUUUGUUGCCUUCUGUUAAUAAGUGGCGGACUGGGUCAAAACUGUGAAUUAUGGAUAAAAAAAAAACACAAUGGUGGAGGGAGCAGGUGAAGAAUACAUUUGUUUCAAAUUUGCAAAUGCAGGGGUCCACUGUAUUAAAAGCAGUGCAAAAAGAAGAAUAUAGUUUAAUGCACUUUUACAUGUUUUUCUAUGUGGAUACUUUUUCAGUUUUAAUUCCAAUUUUUUUUUUUACUUUAAAGUUCAAACAUGUUUACAUUGUUAUUUGGUAUGGUUAAACCACUGUAUGCAUUUGUAUUAUACAUGUUGAUUGUAAAUGUUGUACACAUUAUAAAACUUUAGGGAAAGUUUGAGAUAUUAAAAGCCUUUUAAAAACAA